CUUCCUGUGGAAAGCGUUGUGUCUGUCCCCGGAGCUGCCGGCUUUGCCGGUGGGAUGACAAGGUCCUCGUAAGAGCAGGGGAGGAGCGAGGACUAUUUAUGCGCCUGCCAAAAGGGCUGGGGAGGGCCAGUCCUCAUGCAACCCUUGAAAAGCUCGGCCUGCGAGGCCGGGAACCGGACCCCCUGACAGCUGCCGGGGAGCGCAACGCCCCGCGCAAGAAAGUGCUCCAUAAAUACCGCAGAUUGAUUGAAACGGCACUGAUGAAAGACAGGACAGACAGUGAGACUCAAGGGGCCGGAGGCGAGUAGCCCCAGAGGAGAGGACCCCCCGGAGGCCAAGCGAUGGGUUCCGCGGGGGGGAUCUGCCACCGCGUCAUGACGACGGGGGAGCCGGCGUCCGCUGGACCGGCACCCGGAGAACCCGCGCUGGAGCCGUUGGUGACCUGCAAACUCUGUCUGUGUGAGCAUCCCUGGGGCCAGAUGACGAGGCUGCGGCAAUGCCGGUGCUCUUUUUGCACGGAGUGCCUCCAACAGUACCUGCGGCUGGCGAUUCGAGAAGGCUGUGGGUCACCCAUCACUUGUCCGGACCUGGUGUGUCUCAACCAUGGGACCCUGCAGGAUGCCGAGAUCGCUUCCCUGGUGCCCGCCGACCAGUUCCAACUCUACCAAAGGCUGAAGUUUGAACGAGAGAUCCACCUGGACCCUUGCCGGACAUGGUGUCCAGCGGCUGACUGCCAAACGGUCUGCCUCGUCGCACCCAGCGACAUGGGACAGCCCGUCCCCGUAGACUGCCCGACUUGCCGUCUCAAGUUCUGCUCCUCCUGCAAGGACGCCUGGCAUUCGGACCCGCCCUGUCGCGAUAGCCAGCCCGUGGGGAUCCCGACGGAGCGUGGUGCCCUGAUAGGUACGGACCCAGAAGCCCCGAUUAAACAGUGUCCGGUGUGUCGGAUCUAUAUCGAACGCAACGAAGGGUGCGCUCAGAUGAUGUGCAAGAACUGCAAGCACACGUUUUGCUGGUACUGCCUCCAGAACCUGGACAAUGACAUUUUCCUCAGACACUAUGACAAAGGGCCCUGCAGAAAUAAACUGGGUCAUUCCAGAGCCUCGGUGAUGUGGAACCGAACACAGGUGGUGGGGAUUCUGGUGGGAUUGGGCAUCAUCGCCUUGGUGACCUCUCCGCUGUUGCUCCUGGCCUCCCCUUGCAUCAUCUGCUGUGUCUGCAAAUCCUGUCGGAGCCGGAAGCCGAAACACGAUCCACCCACCACCUAGAACCACCUGCCCCGAGGGCACGUGUAUGUGUAUGUGUGUACAGAAUGGGUGGGGAAGCUCAAAGAUCUAGUCACGGCACCCUCCCCUUGUUCACCAUCUGCCAGGGUCUGUACUGCCCAGACCACGAACUCAAUGCAGCGUGGGGAAAAGCUAAGUUUUAGUCGGGGGGCGGGGGGCGUUGAGUAGCUUUGCCCGGAGGAGUCGGGACGGUACCUUCGACCGGGAUCGCGGCGGAUACAGGAGAGGCUGCCGUGGCCAAGCGACGGACGUCGUCCUCGCUGAACUUACCCAUCGUUCUGUGUCCGGCUAAUGGGAGGAGCCCGUCUGGAUCCACCCCGUCUUAUGAAUGGUGACGACCCGGUGGAUGACACCUUUGGCAGCAGAAGAGGAGAAGAGUUCAUUACCUGCCUUCUCUGAGGAAGAGGAGGAGAGAGGAAAGCAAAGCGAUGCAUCUCCGUGCAAGGGAAAGGUUCAGAGAAAUGGGCGCCCGUUUCUAAGGGCUCACUUUCAGACCGACGCUAAGGAAGCAUGAGAGUAGAAUGGUGCUGAGCUGGAGUUGUGCUGUGGUCUGAGCACGAGCAUAUUUUGCCAAUGCUUGGAGAGGCUGACCUCAGUUGAUUAACCUUCUCCGUGCUUCCCCGUACCUGCUCUUUGAUGACGGAGGAUUGUGGGCGGGAGCGUCGGGACUUCUGGGCGGCAGGUGUGGCCACUGGAUCCGCCUCGGCAAUUUGAAAUGAACCCACUUUGUGGGUGAGGGAUGGACUUCCUUAACACGGUGCCUCUCCUGAACCCCAGUGGGCUUCUCGUAGAGCAGAAGCAGCCUGGAGGGAGGGUUAUCCCUGCAGCAGGGAGAGUGAUAGAAGCCUUCCUCCCAUCAUUCGGCCCAUUCAGUCCCUACACUGUGGAAAGGGUCACAUUGAGUUCCUCCUCAGCCCACAUUGCUCGGAAUCCGUGUGGUGGUCCCCGGACUUGUACUUCCUCUGGUGAAGGAUCGUAGGGGGUCCCAAGGACUCUAUAGUCCUCAGAGCUCAAGAUGUGACGCCGACCUACCAUGAACCGAAAGCAAAAGUACAACUGUAUGUACGUAUGGGUAGGUGUACCAUGUUUACUAAUGUAAUUGCCCCACCGUUGGAGGUAGUUUUUGUAAAAAUUAAAACGGGGUAGGGAAAUUACAACACGGGUUGUCUAAGAAUUAAGUCUAACAGUAAGCUGGGAGGAGAAGGAACAAAAAUGGAGGGGAGAAGGAAAGUUAAAGGGCGCUUGAGGCUGUCUCGUCUAUCGCAGUCUCCCAAGUGCUGCAUGAAGUAGGCAUUCGGUGAAUUAGCGUCCCGCUCUGCUGCGAUGCCAAAUUCUCAUCCUUCUGCUCCUCCUUCUCCGGCCUACCGUUAUUACUUCUUAAAAUUAUGUGGUAUGAAAAAUAACCUUUUCUUUCUUCCUCCAAAAUCAGGGAGGGGCAAUUACGUGGUGGAGGCAAUCAAGUGAGUAAAUAUGGUAUACAUAUAUAUGUCUAAGUUUGAGUCACUGUUGACCGCCCCAGAAUGAUUUCUCCCCUGCUAGCAUAUGUGAAGCCAUACUGAAAAUCCCUAACAUCAUGAAGAAAUGGUUAACAAUAAGAGGGUCAAACUUGGGCUUUCUAUACCUAAAAAGUCCCUCUAUCAGUUGAGUUACAAACCUGUUGCCAGUGGUAUGGUGGUAUUACGUUUAUGAUCUUAAAUUUAAUACUGAACUCCAAGAAUAGUGGGCAAUGUCAGCUUUCCUAGUCUGCCCCCUGGUCUAUAAGUCCUCCCCGGAAGACUGUAAGUUCCUCCACUAGACUGUAAGCUCUCUGAGGGCAGGGAACAUGUCUACCAGCUGUUGUAUUCUUCCAGUUGCUUAGUACAGUGCUCUGCACACAGCACUUAAUAGUGUCUCUAGGCUUAGAUGCCAAGAAAUCAAUGUGGGUGGCUCACUUUGCCAUCCCAAACUCUUUGUAGAGCUCAUUAUGCCCUGCUUUCUGGUUCUGCUUCCUGGAAAAGACCUUUUCCUUGGUGCUGAUCAAGAUAGGGGAGAGCAGUGGCUGACCGCUGGAGAAAGAUUAAUCUCACUGGGGCCGAGGAGUCUAUGUGAAAAGCGUCGGGGCAAUCACUUAGUACAGGGCCUUGCAGAUAGCAGAUGCUUAAUAAAUACAAUUGAAUGAAAGAACAAA